UUAUCUUUCUUUACUGGCGUCUGGCACUGGCAGUCCGAUCCGAACUUUUGUCCUCCAGGAGCAGUACGUAUCGUAAAUCAUAACGGGAAACCUGCCAGUUCGGAAAUUAAAGUGCUACAGUUCACUUGGAGUGUUAUCGCUUAAUCUGCUGCUGACAGUCUUCCGUGCCAAGUCGUUCAUUAACAAAUACAUGACUGUCGUUUGUUGAAAAUUUAAGACUCGAUUGAUAAAGAAACUGCGAUGUUGGAAGAAAUCGGUUCAUCACUGAGACGGUUCAGCUCCGUCACAGUCAAAUACACACUUUGCCUUUUCAAUCUUAUCCUCUUGCUUAGUGGAGUGACUCUGUUAUGCUUGGGAAUUAUUAUUAAAGAAGCGUACAAGGAAUAUGAGCCAAUUGUUGAUGACUCCUACUUUUCGGCCUCUACUUUACUUAUUACUGCUGGUUCCCUUUUAUUUGUCUUUGCCUUCUUCGGAUGCUGGGGAGCGUAUAUGGAGAACUACCAUUUACUCAUUACGUACAGCAUCAUGAUUGGAUUAGUGUUCCUAAUUGAGAUCGCUGCAGUUAUCACCGGCUACUCCUUGUCGGAAAAACCAGAAGAUAUUUUGUUCAAAACACUCAACACGUCUUUCCACACGCAAACUAAUGUAUCAAAAUUGUUUUGGGGCAAAAUGGAGACAAUGAUGGACUGCUGUGGCAUCAAUAGUGUCGAUGACUAUACCCCGAUGAAUGUCACUGUUCCUGGAACAUGUUGUCAUAGGGCUUACAAUGAAACUUGCCCUGGAAAUGCGACUUACUCCCCUGGAUGCUUUGACAAAGUAAAGAAUAUGAUCGAAAGAAAUGCACUGACAAUUGGUACGGGAGCUUUGAGUGCAAUAUUGUUACAGAUUAUUGGAAUGUUCUGUGCAUUAUGCUUGGCCAAGUCCAUCAUGAAUUCAUACGAGACAUUGUAAACAUCAUAUCUCCUAACAAUGAUGUCUGAUUUUAAAGAGACUUAUUAUUAUUUUUUUUGUUUAUGUAAUAAAUACUUUUUUUAUUUGAGUCUACAGAUUCUCUCGAAUGACUUGAAAUGUAAAUUGUAUUUGUCCUUAAAAAUUUCUUGUCAUCUAAUUUGUGAUAUUAAUUCACUAAAUUGAUCUUUUUUUGUUGCUAAAUUAUGUGUAAUACUUUUAUACCUAGCUACCAAAUUAUCUUUUAUAAUUGGAUAAGAGUACCAACAUUUUUGUUUUUGUGUGUAAUAAACAUUGAUUUAAACCCUUAAA